UAUCAGUUACUGUAAAUUAAUUAACAAUAUCGCCAUGAAAAUUUAUUUAAUUUUCGUAUCGAUUCAUCUUCUUGUUUCGAACUGUGAAUCAGCCAGGUCAACGAAUCCGAAUUGCAACUUCUCGAACCCAACGCAACGUACUGAGGGUGGCUAUCCUCAAAUCACACAACAACAAUGCGAAGCACUUGGCAAUUGCUUUGACGACACAAUACCAAACGUUAACUGGUGUUUCAGAGAAAAUGCAGGGAAAUCACGGAAUCCCAAUUGUAAUUUUGCGAAUCCGACACAAAGGGUUGACGGCGGCUGGCCUCAAAUAGGUAAAGUACAAUGCGAAUCUCUGGGAUAUUGCUUUGACGACACCAUUCCCAACGUUAAGUGGUGCAUUAAAUCAAACCAAAAGCUACCUAACAGUCACUGCAAUUUCCAGAAUCCACAGACACGCGUUGAUGGUGGCUUUCCUGGAAUAUCUAAAAAAGAAUGUGUAGCCAACGGGAAUUGCUUCGAUGACUCAACCCCGAACACUAAGUGGUGUUUCAAAUACAAUACCGGUAGGACACAGGAUCGCAAGUGCAAUUUUGGCAAUCCUCAAUCACGUGUUGAUGGAGGCUGGCCAGGAAUAAGUAAAAAUCAGUGUGAAUCUUCGGGAAACUGUUUUGAUGACACCAUUCUUAACGUAAAUUUUUGUUUUAUACCGAACAGCGCUCGAUCUUGCCAUGUUUUAUGAUUUGACUGUAUCUUCAGAAAUAAAUUGUCAAUUGGAUGUAU